AUGUCUAAAGCAGUCGGAAUUGAUUUAGGUACUACAUACUCCUGUGUGGCACACUUUGCCAAUGACAGAGUUGAAAUCAUUGCCAAUGACCAAGGUAACAGAACAACUCCAUCUUUUGUUGCCUUUACUGACACCGAGAGAUUGAUUGGUGAUGCCGCUAAGAACCAAGCUGCUAUGAACCCACAAAACACUGUUUUUGAUGCUAAGCGUUUGAUUGGUAGAAAGUUUAACGACCCUGAAGUGCAAAACGAUGUUAAGCAUUUCCCUUUUAAGGUUAUCGACAAGGGCGGAAAGCCAAACAUUGAAGUUGAAUACAAGGGUGAGACCAAAGUGUUUACCCCAGAAGAAAUCUCUUCAAUGGUUUUGACCAAGAUGAAGGAGACUGCUGAAGGUUUCUUGGGUACCAAGGUCAACGAUGCAGUUGUCACCGUUCCAGCCUACUUUAACGACUCACAAAGACAAGCCACCAAGGAUGCUGGUUUGAUUGCUGGUUUGAAUGUCUUGAGAAUUAUUAACGAGCCAACCGCUGCUGCUAUUGCUUACGGUUUGGACAAGAAGGGAACUAAAGGUGAACACAAUGUCUUGAUCUUUGACUUGGGUGGUGGUACUUUUGAUGUCUCCCUCUUGGCCAUUGAUGAAGGUAUCUUUGAAGUCAAGGCCACUGCUGGUGACACUCACUUGGGUGGUGAAGAUUUCGACAAUAGAUUGGUUAAUUUUUUCAUCCAAGAAUUCAAGAGAAAGAACAAGAAGGAUAUCUCUGGUAACCAAAGAGCCUUGAGAAGAUUGAGAACUGCUUGUGAAAGAGCAAAGAGAACCUUGUCCUCAUCUGCACAAACCUCAAUUGAAAUUGAUUCAUUAUACGAAGGUAUUGACUUUUACACUUCAAUCACCAGAGCCAGAUUCGAAGAAUUGUGUGCUGACUUGUUCAGAUCCACUUUGGACCCAGUUGAAAAAGUUUUGAAGGAUGCCAAGAUUGACAAGUCUCAAGUUGAAGAAAUUGUCCUUGUUGGUGGUUCUACAAGAAUUCCAAAAGUCCAAAAGUUGGUUUCUGACUUUUUCAAUGGAAAAGAAUUGAACAAGUCCAUCAACCCAGAUGAAGCCGUUGCUUAUGGUGCUGCUGUGCAGGCCGCUAUCUUGACUGGUGACACCUCAUCAAAGACCCAAGAUAUCUUGUUGUUAGAUGUUGCUCCAUUGUCAUUGGGUAUUGAGACCGCUGGUGGUAUCAUGACCAAGUUGAUUCCAAGAAAUGCAACUAUUCCAACCAAAAAAUCAGAAACUUUCUCUACUUAUGCUGACAACCAACCAGGUGUCUUGAUUCAAGUGUUUGAAGGUGAAAGAGCCCAAACCAAGGACAACAACUUGUUGGGUAAAUUCGAAUUAUCAGGUAUCCCACCAGCACCAAGAGGUGUUCCACAAAUUGAAGUUACCUUUGACAUUGAUGCCAAUGGUAUCUUGAAUGUCUCUGCUUUGGAGAAGGGUACUGGUAAGACACAAAAGAUUACCAUCACCAACGACAAGGGUAGAUUGUCCAAGGAGGAUAUCGAGAGAAUGGUUAAUGAAGCUGAAAAGUAUAAAGAAGAUGACGAAAAAGAAGCUGCUAGAGUUCAAGCCAAGAACGGUUUGGAAUCAUAUGCCUACUCUUUGAAGAACACCAUCAGCGAUGGUGAGUUGAAGGAUAAGAUUUCAGCCGACGACAAGGAGAAAUUGACCAAGGCCAUUGACGAAACCAUCUCAUGGUUGGACAACUCCUCGGCUGCUUCUACCGAAGAGUACUCUGACAAGCACAAGGAGUUGGAAUCUGUUGCUAACCCAAUCAUUAGUUCCGCAUACCAAGGUGCAGGUGGUGCUCCAGGUGGCGCAGGUGGUUUCCCAGGUGGAGCCCCAGGUGGAGGUGCAGCCCCAGGUGCUGAAUCAAGCGGCCCAACCGUUGAAGAGGUUGAUUAA